UGUAAAGAAAGUAUGGUGUUAAUUUUCUUAAAAUACUCAUUUGUGAUCUAUAUUUUUUCCAAACAUAAAUGGUAAGAAUUUUUUUUUUAAAUUAAUGUAGAUCUAGUAAUUAUAUAGGAUAAUCAGAUAUAUAUGCACAUUAUAAAAGUGGUAUGUAUACAGUUAUUGAUUUGGUUGGGUUUAUAUGCAUGUAUUGGCGAAUGACAAUACAACCUUGCAAUAAUUUAUGAAUGCUCAGAACUUACUUGUAUAAUGCAAAUCCGUGUAUAGUGCUGUCUUGUGACUUGGACCCCGUCGCUCGCAUUAUAUUUGAGUUACAGUGUAUAUGCUGCUGGUUUAAGGUUGAGCUGUUGUCUGCACAAGAAUGUUGUCACAUAUACAAUUAUUAUACACCCAUUCCUUGAUUUAUGAUUUUUUUCUGCUUUUAUUUCCUUUCAUUUCUAGUUUUUAUUAUCUUGCUUUUCUUUUCUUUCUUUAUAUCACGUUUUUCUUCCUGCAUCUUUCUAUCUACUUCCUUCUCGCACCUUUCCCCUCCACAGUCUCAGAAUGCACACUAUUCUGCAAAACCAUCUAUGGCUGAAGCAAACACUGACCAAGCCACAGAGGACAUUGAUCAAUUCUAUGCCAAUCUCGAAGCAAUGUCCAAAGCAGGUCAAUGUUCAGGAUCUUACCCAAAUGUGCCCUUCCUUCCUGCCGAUGAAUCCUCUGGACAAUCAAUGGAGCAGUUCUUGCAACAACUGGGAGCCAUGAGAAACACCCCCUUAGGCAUGGAAUUGCUCAAGGGCGUGAUUGGCGCUGCUCUUGAUGCUAGCCAUGCAGAGGAACCAAAGCUUAGAGAUGAGAUCAAGGAUGAAAUCUUUGGCAAGAUCUCUGAUGCAAUUGACCAGGGGCAGUUUCCAGAAAGUGCAAGUGGAAACCCUUUCAAUGGAAAUGUUGCCAAUGAAAUGAAGCAAGAAUCAGAAGCUGCUAUCAGCAAACAAGCUUUAAAGAAAAUUGUGAAUUGCUCCACACCAGCCACUGCUUACAAAGAUCCACUGCCAAAGGAAACUGUGGACUGCACCACAACAGCCAUGGCUGACAAAGAUCCACUCCCAAAGGAAACUGUGGACUGCACAACAACAGCAACUGCUUACAAAGAUCCACUGCCAAAGGAAACUGUGGACUUCACAACAACAGCUACUGCUUACAAAGAUCCACUGCCAAAGGAAACUGUGGACUUCACAACAGCCACUGCUUACAAAGAUCCACUCCCAAAGGUAACUGUUGACUAUACAACAGCCACUGCUGACAAAGAUCCACUGCAAGAGAACACUGUGGAGUGUAAAAUAACAGCCAAUGCUGACAGAGAUCUUCUACCAGAGGAAACUGUGCACUGCACAACAGCUACUGGUGACAAAGAUCCACUGCCAAAGGAAACUGUUGACUGCACCACAACGGCCACUGCUGACAAAGAUCCACUUCCAAAGGUAACUGUGGACUGCACAACAACGGCCACGGCUGACAAAGAUCCACUUCCAAAGGAAAGUGUGGACUGCACCACAACAGCCACUGCUGACAAAGAUCCACUUCCAAAGGUAACUGUGGACUGCACCACAACAGCCACUGCUGGCAAAGAUCCUCUGCCAAAGGCAACUGUUGACUGCACCACAACAGCUACUGCUCACAAAGAUCCACUUCCAAAGGUAACUGUGGACUGCACAACAACGGCCACGGCUGAGAAAGAUUCACUUCCAAAGGAAAGUGUGGACUGCACCACAACAGCUACUGCUGACAAAGAUCCACUGCCAAAGGAAACUGUGGACUGCACAACAACAGCCACUGCUGACAAAGAUCCUCUGCCAAAGGCAACUGUGGACUGCACAAUAACAGCCACGGCUAACAAAGAUCUACUUCCAAAGGAAACUGUGGACUGCACAACAACAGCCACUGCUGACAAACAUCCUCUGCCAAAGGAAACUGAGGACUGCACAACAACAGCCACUGCUGACAAGGAUCCACUGCCAAAUGAAACUGUGGUCUGCACAACAACAGCCGCGCCUGACAAAGAUCCACUUACAAAGGAAACUUUGGAUCGCACAACAGCCAUGACCGACAAAGAUCCACUUCCAAAACUAUCUUUGGACUGCAAAACAACAGAUGGCAUAGAUCCACCCCCUAAGAAAAUUGUGGAGUGGAAAUCAACAGCUUACAAAGAUCCUCUUCCAAGGAAAAUUGUGGACUGCACCACUACAGCUGACAAAGAUCUACCCCCAAAGAAAACUGUGGAGCGCACCACAACAGCUGACAAAGAUCCACUCCCAAAGAAAAGUGUGGAGUGCCCCACAACAGCUGACAAAUAUCCACUCCCAAAGAAAACUGUGGAAUGCACCACUACAGCUGACAAAUAUCCACUCCAAAAGAAAACUGUGGAGUGGAAAACAACAGCUGACAAAGAUCCACUCCCAAAGAAAACUGUAAAAUGCACCACUACAGCUGACAAAGAUCCACCCCCAAAGAAAACUGCAGACUGCACCACUACAGCUGGCAAAGAUUCACCCCCAAAGAAAACUGCAGACUGCACCACUACAGCUGACAAAGAUCCACCCCCAAAGAAAACUGUGGACUGCACCACAUCAGCUGACAAAGAUCCACCCCCAAAGAAAACUGUGGAGUGCACCACAACAGCUGACAAAUAUCCAUGCCCAAAGAAAACUGUGGAAUGCACCACAUCAGCUUACAAAUAUCCACUCCAAAAGAAAACUGUGGAGUGGAAAACAACAGCUGACAAAGAUCCACUCCGAAAGAAAACUGUGGAGUUUACCACAACAGCUGACAAAGAUCCACCCAUAAAGAAAACUGUAGACUGCACCACUACAGCUGACAAAGAUCCGCCCCCAAAGACAACUGUAGACUGCACCACUACAACUGACAAAGAUCCACCCCCAAAGAAAACUGUGGAGUGCACCACAACAGUUGACAAAGAUCCGCCCCCAAAGACAACUGUAGACUGCACCACUACAGCUGACAAAGAUCUGCCCCCAAAGAAAACUGUGGAGUUUACCACUACAGCUGACAAAGAUCCACCCCCAAAGAAAACUGUAGACUGCACCACUACAGCUGACAAACAUCCGCCCCCAAAGACAACUGUAGACUGCACCACUACAGCUGACAAAGAUCCACCCCCAAAGAAAACUGUGGACUGCACCACUACAGCUGACAAAGAUUCACCCCCAAAGAAAACAGCAAAGUGCACCACAACAACUGACAAAACAAAUGUUCCUAAAAUAUUUGCUGGGCCAAAUGGAAUCAACACUUUCAAGGAAAGAACCCCAAAUGCUGGAUACUUUACUGAAGAUGGCUGCCAUAUGGUAAAAAUGGAUGAUCACACCUACAUCAUUCCACCAGAUGAUUAUGCUCUACUCUACCAGCAAAGCAGGGGCAUGAACAUCGUCACAAAGACCUUGGCAAACCACCCAACAUCUACUGAUGAGGCUUACUUUGAACUGCAGGCCCUAUUUGCUGAAGAGUAUCUUAAGUAUCUAAAAGAAAAAUGCAGGCUGUAUCAACUAAAGCCUGAGACAAUGGGUGGAGCACCAGUUAUCUCCAUCUCAACUGGAAUUAAGAAACCCCACAAGAAACCUGAAAUAAAAGGAUCAAAGAAACCUAAAAGAAAAGGAAAAGUCCUAGGUGAUGGCAGCACUGCUUUGCAGGAACUGGAAUCUGAGCAGAAUGCUGUUGGUUCUGACCAGGACUCUCAAACCUCUGACCUUGAUGAUGUUGGCACAGAUGUGGAUUCUGUCAGCACAGAUGUGGAUUCUGUUGACACAGAUGUGGAUGCUGUUGGCAUAGAUGUGGAUUCUGUUGGCACAGAUAUGGAUUCUGUUGGCACAGAUGUGGAUGCUGUUUUCUUGAAUCAGACUUACAUUGGGACAGUUGUGGAUGCUAUUGGCCACAAGGAUGUUACCACAUUCUGUGAAUCCGAAUUAACUUGUGCAGAAGCCAACUCAGCACACAAGGUCUCCAGUUUCUGGAAGAAAGGAGGUCUUGGCCUGGUAGGAGCUGGUCUUGUUAGCCUCGUAGGUAUCGGCAUGUACCGGUACCUGAACCACUAGUCAACUCAACACUCAUCCAUCUUUCAACAUCUAUUUUUAAAAAUUCCUGCAGCAUGGUGAAUAUGGACGCUGAAGAAAACAGCAGGUUGCAGAUUGACAACUCCAAUAGUAAUUGUCAUAUAAUUUACUCCUUUGUGAAAGAAUUUAUCAUUGAAUGAUGAACAAACCAUGUAUAAUAAUACAAGUUGAUAGGAAUGAAAAACCAAGGGAAGCAGGUAAUUCAUUAACACCACAAUCAUCAACAUACAAUUUUGUGCUUGUCACACAUUAAAAAGUAACUGCCCCUAAUUUGGAGCAUACAUUAUGGUAUGAUUUUGAAAAGACCGCCUAUAGUUACUGUGAAUUAUAAUUCUUGUGAAACAAUCAUAUUGCCAAAACAUAAUUAUGUCUUGUUCGCCAAGAAUGAGAACAGAACGCGUGCUUAAGUAAUUCUUUACUAUAUACAUGUAUGUUGGAAAUGAAUGAGAUAUUAUUGAUGUAUAUUGUGCUAUACAUUUUCAAGACAAUUUACAUUUAAAUUCAUGUUCUCUCACAAAGAGGAUGUAAUAAAAGUAUCUUGCUAUAAAUAUUAUGCACCAAGAUUGUUCACAGAUUUUUGCCACAACAUGGGUUACCACUUGGCCAUAAUUCAGAGAAUGUUCAACACAAUGUAAGAAACACAGAUAUUUUCCAAAGUAAAUAAAAAGUGUUCCACAAGCUUGAUUAACAACAGUAUGAAUUUUAUCAAUUUUGAUUGAUGAUAAACCAAAAACCUAAUAUUGAAUCUAUGUUUAACAUAUUCCUCUUAGUAAUGCGAGUUAUAAUGUCACUUUGAAUACAAUGUUAGUUUUUUUAAAUCAUUUUUUAAUUGGUUUGAAAUUGUCAAACUGUGGGCUAAUUAAGUCCCUUGAAUGUGUUCCCCAUUCAAUAUGUUUCAGAUAUUGAGUGUAUUAUUUGUAUCAAUCAUGAUUAAAAUCAAAUUGUUAUUGAAAUGUUGUUUAGACACUAGUGUACCUACUUUCAUCAUGUACUAUUUAAUUUUGUUUAUAUUCUUUAAAAUAUUUUAGAGGAAUCUAUGAUCACAUACUUGUAUCAGAUCAUAUGUAGCCAUCACUGAACAUGCAGACAAUGGUAAAAUUUAAAACUCAAUGUUUUGUGGCAAUAUAUUGCAAUUUAACAUUUCUCUACUUAUUAAUGUAAACUAAUUUUUGUUACUUAAUAAACACAUAAGAUGUGCUUAUAGUCCCACUUGAUGUGUUUCUUUUAAUAUUUGGGCAAUGCUCUGUGAAAAAGGGGUUUAAUGCAUGUGCGUAAAGUGUCAUCCCAGAUUAGCCUGUGCAGUCUGCACAGGCUAAUCAGGGAUGACACUAUCCGCCUAAACUAGAUUUUUGCUAAGAAGAGACUUUCUUUAAACAGAAAAUAUCACAAAAGCAGAAAGUGUCGUCACUUAUUAGCCUGUGCGGACUGCACAGGCUUAUCUGGGACGACACUUUUCACACAUGCAGUUCACCCGUUUUAACAGAGCACGGCUAAUUUAGAUACAGCUGGAAUAAGUGUAAGUACUUGGUACUGGUAUACCAGCUCACCAGGAAGAAUGUGUGAUGGUUGUAAGGAUAAAGUACACUAUUGUUGUUAAACAAUUGUUAAUGUGUUGUGUUGUAAAUAGCUAUUAUUGUAGAACUGUGUGUAUAAUUGAAAGUACCGGGUAAAUACAGACAAUAAACAACA